ACUUUACUAGGUCGUCAGCAUAUAGGCAAUGAAAAUGUUGAAUUUAUUAUAUCAUUAGUGCUUUUGUUACGAAGUGGUCAAUGUGUCCUGGAGCCUUUGCACAAUUUUGCUGUUCUUUGUUCGCUGGGUGUAACGAACCAUGAUAGCUUUUUUGAAAUAAUUCGUUCCAUUAGCGAAAUUGACCAGUAACCGGAAAAGUUAAUUGGGUCAGUAAAGUGGGUGCUGUUUACAUUGAUUACAGCUACGUGGACGUAACAUUUCGAUGUAUGGAGAAGACAUGCGAAGUCUCAUCAAUUACUGUCAUAUUGCAAAGCUAAAACGGCAGGAGAGGUUUGGGAUUCUUUGUUAAGCGCAUACGAAGACAAUGGAUUGACCUGAUAAGUGGAACUCUUGAAACAUUUGGGUUAACUAAAGCCUGGUGAUUUUUCUUUAAUGCAAUUCUGGAGGAAAUAAUUUAAAUGAAUUGUCAAAUUUUCCGGAAACAGGAAAGCAUAUCUCCCCAAAAGAAUUACCAGCGAUUAGAGAACCGGCAGUAACUCUACAAGCGGUGGUGAUAUUUUUCUGGAAACUUCUAGGAAUAGUAAUGCUCAUAAUGAAGAAACUUUAUGAUAACCAAUUCCGGAAAGUGCCAGUCUUCGACUUGCCGAAAGGAUUGCUAACUGACCUAAACGUUCUUUGGAUUUAGUGCAAUAGAAUUCGUACUUGAUCAUCCGAUUAAUAUAGCAGAAGUAAAUACAUCAUAUUCCGAGGAGUUGAAUCAAUCUAUGAAAGAAGAAUACGAAUCGUUAAUUGCCAAUUGAUUUAGCUGCCAAGUACAGUUUGAAAAUGCUAAAAAAUGAAUGCGGUUACAGCUUCUUUAAACGGCACUCGAAAGGAGGAGAUCCAUAUGGAACAGCCCAAAGGCUUGCUCCUGGACAGCGCAGCUCAUGGACUUGAAAGAAAUGUUCUGAAAGUAAAUCAAAAACUUGCUCCAUACCAGUGCCUCUUAGUGCCUUAUGAAGAUGAUGACGCCAUAAUUGAACUUUGCAGUCAUCUACAACAUGUUUUGCAGCGUUCAGGACUUAGAGUGUACAAUUUAGAGAUUAGUACUGCUAAAAAUAUUACUAGUAUAUUAAGUAAGGCUGAUUUACUGGGAAUUCCUUUUACCAUAAUAGUGAAGAAAGUUGCCUUAAAAACAGGACUUUUGCGGUUGCGAAAUCGAGACACUACCCUAUCGGAAACUGUACAUAUAAGUGACUUGUCGCCUUACAUAAAUUCAAUUUUUAAAGAAUGAAAAUAAAUUUAUUAUGAAUA